AUGUCUCAGCUCAUCUCUUACUGCUUCCCCAGGUCCCGCGAAGACCAGUCCAAUCCUCUUGAGCGUCGCAUCUCAAGGGGCGGCGGCGAAAGCCAGUCACGCGCAUUUACCUGGCGCCGCCUCGUCUCAUCCUAUUGGAGUGACUGGGUAUUCAUAGGCGCAUUAUGGAUCAUCUACCUCUCGAUCUCGCGCAUUCCGGGUCACCGCCGCGAGUUCAGCUUGCGCGAGCUGUCACUGCAGCACUCGUACGCAGAGGAUGAGCGCGUUCCCGAAAAUAUGCUCAUGUUCAUCACGGUCGGGUUGCCGUUGAUCGUCAUGCUCCCCGUUGCGAGCUUUGUUGCGCGCAAUGCGUGGGAUGUACACAACGCCGUCUGUGGCCUCUUCAUGUCGUUCACCAUGGCAGGCGUCAUUACCCAGGCCAUCAAGCUACUUGUCGGCAGGCCACGCCCCGAUUUGAUCGCCCGCUGCCAGCCACCUCCAGGUCAGCAGGAUUCUCCAGUGUAUGGGCUCAGCAACUGGAAGAUGUGUACCCAGAAGGACUUUUACGUCCUGAACGAUGGGUUCAAGAGCUUUCCCAGUGGCCACAGUUCGCUCUCCUUCGCCGGUGUGGGCUUCCUCGCACUUUACCUCGCCGGCAAGAUGCAUCUCUGGGACGUGUACGGCAACAGGAACCGCGCCUGGUUUGCUUUGUCGCCGCUCCUGAUUGGCGCGAUGGUCGCCAUCUCUCGCACACAGGACAACCGCCACCACUGGCAGGAUGUACUUGUCGGCUCGCUUCUGGGCAUGUGUGUCGCUACAAUUGCAUACCGGACAUACUAUCCUCAUCUCGCACACCCAACGUGCCACCUUCCCAUGCUCCCACGCGUGGCGUCCGACGACACCGACGACCAGGUCGACCUCGAAACGGGCGUGCGCCUGCUCAAUGAUCAGCAGGGAAUUCCGCGACAGAGCGAGGAAGAGGAGGUGUGGCGUCGCGCCUGA